CUUCUCCGCACUGGUGAACGUCACAUCGCCAAGUUGCCGUUCAGCCUCAUCAGUACCUCAUUUACCUUCAUCACAUCAUGGAAGCGCCAGCCUGGACGGCCGCGGCAACAUCUGCAACGGGAGCACCGCAGCAAUUAUCAUCCGUUACUUCUAUUGCAUUUUCCACUGCUACGGCUAUCAGCUGCCUUGGGGGCCUAGCACUGCUGUCGCUGGUAUACAAAAGAUGGAAGGAGCGACCACAACGUCCGUUGAAGAUCUGGGCCUUUGAUGUGUCAAAGCAAGUCUUUGGCUCAGUGAUGUUACACUUAGCAAAUCUAGUAUUGUCCAUGUUUUCUGCGGGCCAUUUCGAAAUUAGGCAGGCAUACCAACCUAAUCCGUGUUCUUUCUACCUGCUCAACCUUGGGAUUGACACGACGCUCGGAAUACCGAUUCUGUAUCUGGUUCUACUUAUUAUCAAUCAACUUGCUUUAUACACCCCUCUCGCACGACCACCCGAAUCGAUCGAGUCUGGCAAUUAUGGAAAUCCGCCACGGGUGAUGUGGUGGUUUAAACAAGCAGUGCUAUAUUUCUUGGCUCUGUUAUGGAUGAAAUUUGCGGUUUUCAUCCUCAUCCAGGUAUUCCCUGUGAUCGUCAAGAUCGGAGACUGGGCCCUUCGCUGGACCGAAGGAAACACAGCUUUACAAAUUAUAUUCGUCAUGCUCUUAUUUCCUCUGAUCAUGAAUGCGAUUCAAUAUUACAUUGUAGACACCUUCAUCAAACGGAAGCCGCUUCUUCACGACGAACCUCAACAGUUCGGUGAAGAAAGUUUCCGAAAUUCACACCUGGACGAUGAGCGCCGACAAGCUUUACUCGGGGAUAUCACCCCUAGCGAUGACGAGUCCGAUGCAGGCGAUGUCGUGGUUGGGAAAACGGCGGAGGUCGCUGAGCAAGUUCGUGCUGAGGUUGAUACCGAAUAUAGCCCGGCGAAAGACGGUACGAAUUCGUUUCCCGAGUCGUCUUCGAGCAACUAUCAACUGGGUCGUACCGAGCAUUCUUGAUGGGUUUUGUGGUGGCUUGUGCGGUAUGUUACUAUAUAUAUCAUGUCGGCUUUGAAUGGGGUGCUGUUUGGCGUUGGUGUUUUACUUUGAUCAUGAUGAAUGACUUGUAUACGUUGACUUUAUAUAUCCUGAACACGCUUAUUAGUUGGAAUGCCGUGGGUGGUGGUACAUGUAAGACUGGGAUAUCGUUAGAUACCUUUUGCGCUAGAAAUUUCGAUAGAUGUAUGUAAUUGAUUGACAGCGCAGAGACGAUCAGCUAUUGCAAUGACUUGAGAGUAUAAUAUGCGAGCCACAGACAUCAGUAGACGAGAUAUAAUAUGACAAGCUAGAGAGAAUGAAUCGAC